UCAUCAAAGAAACGCUCUACAAACUUUGCUAGUAUUAAUGUGUUUGCUUGUGAGCUAUGACGGAGUUAAAGGAGAAAUGAAGUUAUCCAAACUAGAGGAACUAGCAUUGGAGAAGCAACUUCAACUUUUGAACAAACCAUCGGUCAAGACAAUUAAGACUGAAUGGGGAGAUACAUACGAUUGUGUGGAUUUCUACAAACAACCUGCAUUUGAUCAUCCAUCGUUGAAGAAUCACAAUUUUCAUCCUGGGAUGAAACCCACUUUAACAAAGAUAAAGCAAAUUCCAACUAACUCAACUAUUGAUGUAUCUCCGAAUACAUGGUCAGGGAAUGAACGUUGUCCUGCUGGAACCGUUCCCAUCAAAAGAGUUACAAAAAAUGAUCUUAUUAGGCAAAGACGUAUGCCUCCACCAGAAGAUUUCACAUCUGAAUCUCAAUUAGAGGAUACUAACAACAAUCUUGAGGCAACAGGAGUAUACACGGUGGAUCCAACAUUAUAUGGGGGUACUGAAACUAGGCUUUUUAUACAUUUCCAAGCCGGAAAGACACAUUGCUUCAAUACACUAUGCUCCGGCUUUGUAUUAGUAAACAGUGAUAUAGCUAUUGAUGGCGUAUUCCAUUCAGUUACUCGAAAGGGGAAGACAAUAUGGGAGAUUGCUUUGUACAUCGAUCGGGUACAAUUUAUGUAUCUUUUUGUCUAGUUUAUUAAGUUUUUCAAUAAUUGCUUAACAUUAGAAUUUUGAGCCUUUUGAAAAUGCUAAACUACAUCUUUUGAAAACUAAA